GAAGCUGGCAAAUGAAGCAAGAAAGGCAUUGAAGCGUCACCUUUUUCGCUUUAGAAUAGAUAUCCUGCACUCUCUUUUUCUGCAGAGAUGUUAGACCAGAAUAUGCAUCCAGACUCCAGCACUGAGUUCGACUCUUCGUCCAGCUGUAGCACAGCAUCGCCUGGCGGGGACACCCCUGGGUGCAGCCAGCAUCCUUCUGACUCGUUUUCAUCAUCAAUGGACAGCGACAAGGACAUUGAUACCAGUGUAGCAGACUCCUUUGUUCCGACUGUGACUGCAAUCUCAACCUCGCCGGAUCUGAAAUGGAUGGUGCAGCCGACAGUCAUCACAUCUGUUUCUCCGUCCGACCGUGCGAAGACCAGAACUCAAAGCAAGAACCAGUCCUCUCUCUCGGGAGGAGCAAACAAGGCAAAAUCCUCCAACAGGAGAGGACUGAAAGAUAAGGCUACGAAAGAGGAGGAGGAGAGGAGGAUGAUCAGGAGGGAGAGGAACAAAAUCGCUGCAGCAAAGUGUCGCAACAGACGGAGGGAGCUAAUAGACACUCUGCAAGCUGAAACUGACACGCUUGAAGAGGACAGGUCUGCCCUCCAGACAGAGAUAAACGACCUGCUGAAGGAGAAGGAGAGACUGGAGCAGGUCUUAGCCUCCCAUAAACCCUCCUGCAAACUCCCUGCGAAUGACGAGGAGGAUGAGGAGAAGGAUGCAGACAAUGAGGAUGAUGACGAUAACAUAAUGCUGCAGGACCCUCCAGCCUCCCCCCAGCUGCUUUCCAUCCUAGAGAAUGUAAAAGCCACAGAGGGUAACCUGACUGUUGCAGAAGUCCCUAUUGUUCAAGAAAUGGACAACGUCCCAUGCAUUCCUGCUGCAGCCAUUUUGGGCAACUCCAACAUCCUGCUGUGUUCGAGUGCGGAAGAGGCCCUGGAGGACUUACAAGGAGAUGACCUGGAUGACUUGGUGCCAAGUCUUGAGAUGGCAGUGACUUCUGAGAUGGCAGCAUCAGUCCCUGACAUCGACAUGAGCGGCCCUUUCUGCCUCUCAGACUGGGAAACCCUGUACAAGUCUGUGGCAAAUGACCUUGAAUCUUUGAACACACCAGUCAUGUCUUCCAGUCCCACUUGUAGCAAUUAUCGCACAGUGUUUUCCUUUAAUUUCUCCGAGAUUGAUUCCUUGUCUGAAGGCUUUGAGGGCCUCAAAGGCAGCCUGGGUGCAUCAGAGUUAAUGAAAGAUAAUCUUAACUCUCCAACACUUCUGGCCCUGUGAAUGCAAAGUAUUUUAUGCAAUGAUACUGUUAUUACAUUUUAACCAGCCAGCAAGCUAUGUCCCUCACUCUCAAAUAAUAUUAUGUGAGUUUUGGUGUUGUAAAACCUAAACAUCACAGGUUGUGGUGAUGACAUGUUUUUGUGGAUGUAUCAGGGUUGACCUCUUCCAUUCUGUUUGUGCAAUUCUCUGAGACAAGACUUUUGGCUGGUAACAAAAAUGCAUGCAAAUAAAAGUCAUCUGUGUUCCGAGAAGCAGUGGUAUCCUAUGUUUCAAAAGAUCAAAAUGUGAUGUGAAGUUAGAUGAAGCUCAGUAGCCUAUAAUGUAUGUGUUAUACUGUUGACAAAGUUGUGUUCUAUAGCCAACAUGUAAAAUUAGCAGGGUAACUAACGUGUAGCGUGUAGGUGUAACAUCUUGCUGUAAGGUGUCUCCUAACUGAUAUUUUCAAAAAAAAAAAACAAUGAUCAUGUUAUGUAUUUUAUCGAGAUGUAUUUUAUGACAUAGUUUAUUUUUUUACUUAUCAAAUGCAAAAAAAUGGUGUAACGGUGGAAAUCAAAUAAAAAAACAAAGAUGUU